AUGGCAAAUGGAGAGCUCACAAACAUCCUCGUCUCCACCGACGUCACUCGAUACCUCGAAUUCAAGCAAAUUGCAGGGAGCUUUGUGCAGCAGGGCUCUGGACCCAGGGCUACAGUAGCCAAAGUCCCCUCCACUGCCGGCGAAGCCUUGAGUUCACCAUUGAUGGGCUUGUUUGAAAAGAGGAGAGCAAAGAAGUUUUUGGAAUGGGUGGGUGCUUUCGAAGACAGUGAUCCAGCUACACACAAUGGAUUCAACCUGAACAGGUGCACCAUGAGAGAAGUCUACGACAAGUUUGGACUUGAAGCAACAACCCGAGACUUCAUCGGCCACGCGAUGGCGCUCUUUCCCACCGACGAGUACAUUAACACGCCUGGCAUGGCAAAGGAAACUGUGGAGAGAAUCCGUCUCUACGUCAACUCGAUGGCUCGCUACGGCAAAUCUCCCUACAUCUACCCUCUGUAUGGCCUCGGUGAACUUCCUCAAGGCUUCGCCCGUCUGUCCGCCAUCUACGGCGGAACUUACAUGCUCAAUACGUCGGUCGACGAGUUCGAAUACGAAGGCGGCAAGAUUAGCGGCAUCAAGGCUACGAUGCGAGAGCGGGGUGAAGAAGGCGAUGGUCUGAAAUUUAGCACAAAGACCAAGAUGAUCUUGGGCGAUCCUACAUACUUUCCUGGCAAGGUCCAAGUGGUGGGCCACCUGCUCAAAGCCAUCUGCAUUCUCAACCAUCCACUUGACAAGACCAACGACUCCGACUCUCUCCAGUUGAUUAUCCCACAAUCGCAAGUCGGCCGGAAACAUGACAUCUACAUUGCUAUGGUAUCCUCAGCUCACAACGUCUGCCCCAAGGGUUACUACAUUGCAAUUGUGUCGACGGUCGCCGAGACGUCAGCAAAUCAUCACCUCGAGCUUCAACCAGGGUUGGAGAGGUUGGGCCGCAUUGAGGAGAAAUUCGUGGGCCCGCCCAUUCCAUUGUACCAGCCUCUGGAGAGUGGAGUCAACGAUCGGGUUUUCAUCUCCAACAGCUUCGAUCCGUCCACUCACUUUGAGACGGUGACGGAAAAUGUGAGGGACAUUUACCGCCGAGCCGUGGGCGAGGAAUUGAAGGUGGAGGGGUUAAGGGAAGGACAGACGUUGGCUGAGGAGUGA